AUGUUGGGCUCAAUAGUAUAUCAUAUUGUGGUCGAUAUUUAUUCCGUCGACGGCGAACAACGUGCAGAAGCUCACCAGAAAGAUUAUAGACUAGGCCAUCUCGGCUUGAUUUCCUUUGACAUGGACGAUCUGACCAAUUCAAAAAAACCUUUAGGCAAUACCUUGAGUACAGAACCUCUAAAAGCAAGACACAUUGGUCAAGGGGUGAUAAGGCUUUAUAGAGAGCCAGAAGAAUUCGAAGAGCCCAAAGAACAAGAAAUAUCCAGUGAUGGUGGCGGUACCACCGAUGAUUUAGAUAAGGCGGGCAACAACAAUGAUGAUUUAUUAUCGGAAACAUUAUCGUCAAUUUCCUUGAAACCAAAAGGUUCUGAGGAUCUUGAAAAAACCAUAAUUUCUAUCUUGGCCAUCCCCGGUUAUUUUACCGUGACCGAUAUUUUGGGUUUCAUUGGUGAUGAUUAUAUCCAAAACCAUAUUUCCAACGUGAGAAUCAUUAAGGCAGACAUUAGUAAUCGGUUUUUGGUACUUUUGAACUUCAGGUCAAGGAAAUAUGCUAAAAAAUUUAAAAAAGAGUUCAAUGGGAGGCUCUUCAACUCAAUGGAGCCAGAAACCUGUCACGUCAUUUACGUCAAAUCAGUGAUUUUCAAGCGGUAUGACGAUACCAAUGACAACAAUUAUUUUUUGGAUGAUCCUUUCACCAGUACCACCAUUACCACCGAGGGUAAAAUCAAUCAUGGGGUACUAGAUAACAAAAAGCCAACUCCUGACUUGCGAGAAUUGCCAACGUGCCCAGUAUGCUUGGAAAGAAUGGACUCAUCGGUUACUGGAUUAUUGACAAUUCCUUGUCAGCAUACUUUCCAUUGCCAAUGUUUAAGAAAAUGGCAAGAUGAUAGCUGUCCGAUUUGCCGAUACUCUUCAUUACGACAGCACGCAAAAAACUUGAUGAACCAUUCAAGUUCCCAAGACAAUGUUGCCGAUGCCGCCACCACCACCACAACCACCACCAGCGCAACCGACCCUCACGAGAAUGGCGAUAAGUGUGGGAUUUGUGAAAUAUCUGACAAUUUAUGGAUAUGUUUGAUUUGCGGUAGCAUUGCUUGCGGGAGAUACAAUCAUGCCCAUGCUAUUAACCACUACAAUGAAUCAGGUCAUUGCUUCGCCAUGGAUAUCAAUUCGCAAAGAAUUUGGGACUAUGCCAGUGACUGUUACGUUCACCGGCUAAUUAGAACUGAAAAUGAUGGAAAGUUAGUAGAAUUGCCUUCUAGAGAAGAGAUAUCAGAGGCUAAUAGUAACAAUAGCAAUAUUAAUAAUAGCAAUAAUCAACAGGGACCUUCUGGAUCCCUGGCAAAGCAAUCAGGGAAAAUCAGUUCUACAUCAUAUAUGGAAUAUUCGCAAAUUUUGGUGACACAAUUGGAAUCACAGCGAGAGUAUUAUGAGCUAAAAUUGAAAGACAUGUGGGAUAAAUUUGCGGAAAGAGAGGUGGAAGUAAGGGAUCUUUUGGAUGAUGUGAACUCAUUAAAGCAAAAUAUUAUAAAAACGGCAAACGACGACUAUAAACGACUCCAGAAUCAGGCGAGCGCGAGUAUCAAGGAACUUCAAUCAUAUAGUCGGAAGUAUGAAGAAGAAAGGGCGCUUGCUAAUGGGAUGCUGCAAAAAAUAACUUCCCUUGACAAGGCCAAUAAGAAAUUGUUAGAGAGACUCAAGGAAAAGGAGUUGGAGAAACAAGAAUUACAAAGUCAAGUUAAGGAUUUGAUGUUUUAUUUGGAAAGCCAGGAAAAAUUUCAAGGAGCAUCGGACGAAAUAAAAGAAGGCACAGUGGUGAUCCAAAACCCAGCAUCAUCACAGACUAGUAGUGCUUCUGCGAAAAAAAAAAAAAAAAGGUAA